UACCUACCUGCGCCAGCCGGUGCGUGAGGGCGCCAAUGAAAUGACUCAGUGGCCAUUUACAACCAAUCCGCACGACGCGGGGCUCACAGCCGGCCUAUGGGCGCGCGCCGGGGGCGGGCUGUCCCGGCCCCUUUCCAGUCCCAGCUGGGUUUGUUAAAGCGACAGGGGCCACCGCGCGUUUGGGCUCCACGGAGCACCGCACAGCGGCCGCGGUGGCCCUUGACGUGCGGCGGGCGCCCGUGACAGCGGCGCCGCUCUGCUCGCGACCCCGGCUCCAGGCCGCUGCCUCCCUCCUUGGCGCGGCCGCGUCGCCCAGCGGGAUGGGCGGCGAGGCGGGGUCCGCGGCGGCCGUGGGCUCCGAGGGCCGAGUGAAGAGCUUGGGUCUGGUGUUCGAGGACGAGCGCAAGGUCUGCUACUCGAGCGGCGAGACGGUGGCGGGGCACGUGCUGCUGGAGGCCGCCGAGCCGGUGGCCCUGAGCGCGCUGCGUCUGGAGGCCCACGGCCGCGCCACUGCUGCCUGGGGCCGGAGCGCUGGCACCGCAGUCUCGGCCGCCCUCUCCGAGGUGGAGUACCUGAACGUGCGCCUGAGCCUGCGCGAGCCCCCGGCCGGUGAAAGCAUCCUGUUAUUACAGCCUGGAAAACAUGAAUUUCCCUUUAGCUUUCAACUUCCAUCUGAACCUUUGGUAACCUCAUUCACUGGGAAAUAUGGAAGUAUUCAGUACUGUGUGAGAGCAGUUUUGGAACGACCCAAGGUACCUGAUCAGAGUGUGAAGCGGGAACUCCAGGUUGUAAGUCACAUCGAUGUCAACACACCAGCAUUAUUAACCCCUGUAUUGAAAACUCAAGAGAAAAUGGUUGGCUGUUGGAUUUUCACUUCUGGUCCAGUCUCACUGAGUGCCAAAAUUGAAAGGAAGGGAUACUGUAAUGGAGAAGCUAUUCCAAUCUAUGCAGAAAUAGAGAAUUGUUCCUCUCGUUUAAUUGUUCCUAAAGCUGCCAUUUUCCAAACCCAGACGUAUUUGGCUAGUGGGAAAAUAAAGACCAUCCGGCACAUGAUUGCCAAUGUGCGAGGCAACCACAUUGCUUCUGGGAGCACCGACAUAUGGAAUGGGAAGACUCUAAAAAUUCCACCUGUUACUCCCUCCAUCCUGGAUUGCUGCAUUAUCAGAGUGGACUAUUCCUUAGCUGUGUAUAUUCACAUUCCUGGUGCUAAAAAAUUGAUGCUCGAGUUGCCCUUAGUGAUUGGUACAAUUCCAUAUAACGGUUUUGGCAGCAGAAACUCCAGCGUUGCCAGCCAGUUCAGUAUGGAUAUGAGCUGGUUGACACUGACUCUGCCAGAACAGCCUGAAGCACCACCAAAUUACGCAGACGUGGUGUCAGAGGAAGAAUUCUCUAGACACGUCCCUCCUUACCCUCAGCCUCCUAACUGUGGGGAAGAAGCAUGCUGUCCCAUGUUUGCCUCCUGCAUGCAGGAGUUCCGGUUUCAGCCUCCACCUCUUUAUUCAGAGGUUGAUCCACAUCCUAGUGAUGUAGAAGAGACCCAGCCUGUUUCCUUCAUUCUCUAAACAUAUUUCGGAAAUCACUGUGUUCAUCUUCAAAUUGGAAUGUUGGUUCUUUCCCCCUGCCUUUUGGGGGAAGGAAGCGGGAUGAUUAACUUAAGAACAUAAAUGAACCUCAAGACCAAAGGUGAUAGAAAUUAAAGAACAUGGGAACUUUCCAGUGGGCCAAAAGGAUUAUUGCACAUGUUUAUGAUAUGGCCAUAUGUCCCCUUUAAAUAAUGGGAUGAAGAUGUGAAAAGUCACAGAAUGUAAUGGAAGUCCUGAUGGUGAUAGAGUAAGUGAAGUAGUAUGGGGUGCCUGCGCUGACGCAAGAGAGAGGGAUCUGUGUAAAUAGUGGAAACACUAUGGGAGUAUACCUUUAAAAAGGUUUUUCAGAGUGGAACGAAAGUAUCUUAAGCUUAAGGCAGUACAGACUCGGGAAGAGACUUGAUUUUCGAGAAUGUAGCAGCACAAGUGUGUGCAUGAAUAGGAAAGUGGCUUACUCCGAAUACGAAGUGAGACCCUCAGGUGUCAGGGUCUGCAUGAUUUCUCACCAUAUUCCAUAGGACUGAAGUCCUUGAAAGAAUCCUUUCCUGAGAUCAUGGUCUUAUAAGGUCCUAAUGAAGUAAUACAGUUGUCACUCUUCCAGUAGUAGUUUAAAAUGUAGUUUAUAAAUUGGCUAUACAGCAUUAUGAAACCAAGAAAGAGUCCCUUGAAAGACUUGUCAGUUCAAAGCGGAAAGAUGAAUUUCAAUAUGAAAACACAUGUUGAAAGCUGUAAUUCUUACCCCCUUUAAGUACUGUACCAGGAUAAAUGUUUGAUUUUCCUCAUGUUUUAUUUACCUAGGCGCAUAUUAGAAAAAGAGGGGGAUAAGAAAAAGGUUGCAUCCUCAGGAUGCCUUGAUAACUACACAGAAAAAAACAAC